CCCCCGGCCGAUGUCUCCCUCUGAUUUCCUGGACAAGCUGAUGGGCCGGACAUCAGGGUACGAUGCUCGCAUCAGGCCCAAUUUCAAAGGCCCACCUGUCAACGUGACAUGCAACAUCUUCAUCAACAGCUUUGGUUCAGUCACAGAAACUACCAUGGAUUACCGUGUCAAUGUCUUUCUGCGGCAGCACUGGAAUGACCCCCGCCUGACCUAUUGGGAAUACCCUGACGACUCUCUGGACUUGGACCCCUCCAUGCUGGACUCUAUCUGGAAGCCGGACUUGUUCUUUGCCAAUGAGAAGGGGGCCAACUUCCACGAGGUCACGACAGACAACAAGCUUCUGCGCAUUUUCAAAAAUGGGGGCGUGCUGUACAGCAUCAGGCUGACUCUUAUCCUCUCUUGCCCUAUGGAUCUCAAGAACUUCCCUAUGGACAUCCAGACAUGCACCAUGCAGCUGGAGAGCUUUGGCUACACCAUGAAUGACCUGAUCUUCGAGUGGGAGAAGGAGCAGGAGGCUGUGCAGGUGGCUGAUGGCUUGACACUCCCUCAGUUUAUUCUGCGGGAUGAAAAGGAUCUGGGCUCUUGCACCAAGUCCUACAACACAGGGCAGUUCACCUGCAUUGAGGUGAAGUUCCACCUGGAGAGGCAGAUGGGCUACUACCUGAUCCAGAUGUACAUCCCCAGCUUGCUGAUUGUCAUCCUCUCCUGGGUCUCCUUUUGGAUUAACAUGGAUGCUGCACCAGCCCGGGUGGGGCUUGGCAUUACCACUGUGCUGACAAUGACCACCCAGAGUGCGGGCUCCCGGGCAUCCUUGCCAAAGGUCUCCUAUGUCAAGGCCAUCGAUAUCUGGAUGGCUGUCUGCCUCCUGUUCGUCUUUGCUGCCUUGCUGGAGUAUGCUGCAGUCAACUUUGUCUCGCGCCAGCACAAGGAACUCCUGCGUCUGCGGCGGAGCCAGCGGCGGCAGCGGAUGGAAGAGGAGGUGGUCCGUGAGAGCCGUUUCUACUUCCAGGGCUAUCGCCUGGGCCAUUGUCUGCAGCACAUGAAAAGUGGGGGAGCCACGGAAAGCCCCCUCUACAGUCCGCCCACUCUGGCCUCACUCCUGCGAGAAGGAGAAAUGCUCCGGAGACGCUACCUGGAUAGGGCCAAGCGGAUCGACACUGUCUCCCGAGCUGCCUUCCCUUUCACCUUCCUGGUGUUCAAUGUUUUCUACUGGGUGGUCUACAAAGUGCUUCGCUCCAAAGAUGCCCACCAAGCAGCCCCUUGAGCUCUGAGCAGGACUUAGCAACCAGGUCAGCAAGUAUUGCUGGUUGCCUCCUUCUUAGCUCCUGGACUCAAGAACACAGGGACACUGAUUGCUUUCCCAAAGCCUCUCCUUAGUGUUUUGUGGACAUGAUAUAUAAUUUUAUGCCAUGCUGAGAGACUUGACAAACUUCGCAUGGUGCUCAGGAGUGCAAAAGAAAGGCAUGGUUAAUGUGCCCACAGCUGAGCAUUAUAGGAUUUGGGGUGGCCAUAUUUCAUAGGGAGCUUUGAUCUGUUUCAGGAGGACCACUGUCUCUCCUAGAUUUGUGCUGCUCCCCUUGCAGACCAGGAAGCCUUGGGAGAAUUAUAGAAGAGAUAAGUAGAAGAGAAGGUCUAGGUCAUCCAGUUCACCCCACCUGCCCAGGGCAGGAAUCUGCUAAACUCUCCCUUGCAGCUGGCCAUCCAGCCCCUCUUUGAAAACCUCCAGUGAGGGGAGCACAUCCCUGCACAGACUUUUCCAUGGCUUUGCAGCCAUUCCCAACAGGAAACCCCUCCUCGCAUUGAACUAAGUCUCCACAGUUUCAAAGGCGAGCUGGUCACCCUCUCUUGCAGAUGACAGGCUCUGUGGACUGCUCAAGCUGAACACACCUGGCCGCUAUAACCAUCUCUCACAGGGCUUGGGUUCCAGGCCCUUGUUAUCCUCCGAACCCUUUCCAGCCUCUCUGUUCUGGGCCCCUUUUGAAGGGCGCAAGUGCAGCCUGACCAGCACAGCAAACCACGGAACAAUUGCCUCCUGUGAUCUGGACACAAUGCCUCUGUUAAGGCAGCCCGAUUGCACUGGCCUUUCGAGCAGCUGCAGCCCAUAUUCAGCAUGGGGUUCACUAGUACUUGUGUCCUCACACACACUGACCCAAAACCCAUCCUGUCCCCGUACACCUGACGUUUCAGGUACAGGACUUCAGACUUGUCCUAUCUGCAGGUCUUCACGCUGGACCUGGCCGGUUCAGGCCUGUCACGCUCAUGUUGAAUUUCACUGUGGUCCUCCAAGGUGUUAUUCAACACCCCAACCUUAGUAUCAUCUGUGAAUCUGAUAAGCAGCCCUUCCUCUAGGCCACUUUAAAAGGUCUUGAAUGUCUGGGCCAAGACUAGCCCACAUUUCUACCUGAGCAGGGCAGGUCCUGAAACCCGGCCCCUGGUUGUCCCAGCCCUUUUUAUGGGGUGCAGCCACCACCUAACACAUAAACCCUCCAAAGCCUGCUAAAAGAGAGGGGCUGGUGCAGCUGCGGGUGAGUCUUUUCCAGAAGCCCAGCAGAGCGGCAAGGACUCGCGGCAGCAGCCCAGCUUCCCUCUUCGGAGAUGUGCCAUCUGCCCCGUGCUUUUCUCCCCCUCUCAGGCACCUGGGGGAGAAACUUGGCAGAAGCUUUGUCUGUUUGUUUAUUAUUACAUCAGUCAAACAACUCUUGGCAGGUAACACGAUAUAAGGAAAACAGUUUAAAACGUGUAUGGUAGGCACAAAAACAGAAUAACAAAACACAGCUCAAAGAUAAAGCAGCCCAGGUGUACAAGCAGAGGUGACCCAGUUGCUGAAACAGUUCGGUUUUCAGCAUCUUUCUGCACGUGACCAGGGAGGGGGCCACACAUCCUGGACUUGGCCCCCUUUACCUACUGAAAGGGUUAGGGACAAACACCGGGGGCAGUUCCUCCUGAGAUGACCUAACUGGCUGAGCUGGAACAAGCCGUCGCCUUGGUAUCCAGGGGCCAAGCCACGUAGGCUCUACCAGCCAAAACCAGCACUUUAAAUUUAACCUGGAAACCAACUGAAAGCCAGUGCGGGGUCUGUGGCACAGGUGCAACAUGCUCCCAACUACAGGUGCCGGUGAGCCCAUGGACUGCUGUGUCCUGGACUUACGUAGCUUCUAGGUGGCAGCCUUUGAAGACCCCCCUGGACCAUUGCAAGAGUCUAAUCAGACAGCAAUCAGGUUCUCUUGGGCCAGGCCAGGUCCCUGUUAUGGCUCCCUGGUGAGAGCAAGGGCCCCCAGGAGACCUCGAGCACAGGGGCCCCCAGGAGACCUAUUUACCUCCCCCACCCUUCAGCUGGGGUCCGGAAACAACGUCCUGCCUUGGCUGAAGAAAGAGCAGCCAGGGAGAGCUGGCAAUUCCACAAGGAAUUAGACAGGCACUGGAAGAGUCGCUCUGGUGGAACCUUUCCCCUUCAGGCUUUUUGGUUACAGGGAAGAUUCAGAGACCUUCAAGAGCGUAGGAGGGAGUCAUUGUGCUGCGGGACCCACCGGCUGGGGGAGGGCACAGCCACGGGGGAUGUGUGUGUGCGAGCCUGUUCACUCAGCCGGUCUUUCGCAUCAGGGUUUCCAUGUGGCAGAGCCAGGCCAGGAAGUCCUGGGCUCCAGGGUCUCAGGAGAAAUCCACAACCCUGAGAUGCAGCCCUCCAGGGAUGUGACUGAACCACAAGCUCGUAUACUGAGGGGGGAACCAUUUCAGGAACCCCAUUCAGUGGGUGGUUAUUGAUUUUCUUUAUAAGAUUUGCACAGCCACCCCUCUUGGAGCUCAUCUCUGGGCAGCUCCCAACUGCUGCUUUCUAGACUUGAAGCCUUGUUUUUCUCAAGUUCCAAUGGAAGCCAAGUUAAGUGCUGUGUGGAGCCCCCAUUUUAAGAACAGAGUUUUCCUAAUCAGUUCUGUCCAUACUCUUCCCUGUGGGCAAGCGUAGCCACUCUAGGUUUACUCCAAAGGUCCCCCUUCUUGCUCAGUAGUCAUUUGAGUUCCUAUCUUACUCUGCCUGGCUGCACUGUGGUAUGUUAUUCUGUGGCAUUUCAGCUGCAAAUGAGGCUACAGUACCAGAGCAGCUGGGUCGGGCUGCAACGAGGAGAGCAGGAACUGGAGCCUCCCCAAAGCUCUGACUCGUUAAGAACCAGUCUUGGGGGCUGAGGGAGGGAGGGAGGAAGGCAGGCAGGCAGGCAGGCAGUUCUGUUAGAAGCAGCCCCCUUUGGGAGGUCCAGCCGGAGAAGAUGGGGGGCUUUAGCCACUGGUUGCACUGGAACUAACUGGAACAGAUGGCCAAAGGAACAGCCCAAGCCAGCAGCAGGGUGUUCAACUGCUGGGGCCCCUGAAGUUAAAAGGGGCCAGGGCUGCCUGGCCAGCCUGCACGCUGUCUGGUGGCCUAUUCCUCUGCCCCCUCCCCACACCCCUGCAGGGCUUCUACCACAGCUGGAUGAGUUCUUCUUCCCUGCUGCCUCCCAGUUUGCUGGUCGGGGAUGCAUGUUCCCACCUGCAAGUGCAGUUUUCCCAGGAGAGGAACACCUGGAGGCCAAGAGCAGCUUCCUGCCUCUUGUCCCAAGGAAGCUGUGGCUUGUCUGCUUGCAGGGUUUGUCAAGGCAGAAAUGGAGACGGGUGAAUACGUUCCGCAUCUGUGGGCACCUGAUGGAAUUUCGAAAAGAAUGCAUUUUGAAACAGCUCUGCUUUUCCUAUAUAAAUAAAGUG